AUGUUCGGGAACGAAAAUAUCGCAUACAACUUUGAGAAGGAGGAGACUGAUGGAAAGAUUUUGCUGUCUACAGCUGUACAGAGUAUUCAAGAGAUGGAACAGUUAGGAUUAACCACAACUGGUAAAAAACGGAAAUUCUUGCAAACAUUAAAGGAACUUACAGGCAAGCCUAUUUAUUUAGUAGAGUAUUAGCCACCAGGACUUGACCUUUCAGACGUUACUGCUUCUUUCUGUUCAAAGGGAAUAACUUUCUGUUUGCACUACAUCUGUCAGUAAUUAAGUUUUUCACGCACUUCUUGUCACAUGGCUUUUGGCGCUCAAAUGUAUUAUUCCUGAGUCAUGUUAAAUACAUUUCCUUGAAUUUGCCAAUGGGCUUCAAACUGUAACUGAAUUUCGUGUCUGUAUAGCUGGCGUUGUUGAUGUCCCGGCUAACACGUUUCUCUCUUUUUUUUUCUAGCCAAUCAAAGCGCCUCUGUAGAUGUAUGUGCCCCAUCUGUGGGGAAAAAAGGAAAACUAACACCACCAGAUAUCAGAUGUCUGGAUCCAGCAUCAAAGUCAAUUUACCUUACAGUGUAA